AUGGGUAGUAAUGCUCAUCAUAAGCUCCAUGUUGUGUUCUUCCCUUUCAUGGCUCAUGGCCACAUGAUCCCAACUCUAGACAUGGCUAAGCUCUUUGCGACCAAAGGAGCUAAAUCCACAAUCCUCACGACACCUCUCAACUCCAAGAUUCUCCAAAAACCCAUCGACGCAUUCAAGAAACUGAAUCCGACUCUCGAAAUCGACAUCGAGAUCUUCGAUUUCCCUUGCGUGCAGCUAGGGUUGCCGGAAGGAUGCGAAAACGUCGAUUUCUUCACUUUAAACAACAAUGAUGAUGGAGGCUACAUGAUCUUCAAAUUUUUAAUGGCGACAAGGUUUUUCAAAGACCAGCUUGAGAAACUCCUCGAGGCAACGAGACCGGACUGUCUAAUCGCCGACAUGUUCUUCCCGUGGGCUACUGAAGCUUCUCAAAAGUCCCAUGUUCCAAGACUUGUGUUCCACGGCACUGGAUACUUCUCUUUAUGCGUUGGUCAUUGCAUCAGAGUGCAUAAGCCACAAAACCGAGUAGCUUCGAGUUGUGAGCCAUUUGUGAUCCCUGAUCUCCCUGGGGAUAUUGUCCUAACUCAAGAACAGAUCGUAGAUGGCGACAACGAAACCGAGAUGGGAAAGUUUAUGAUUGAGGUGAGACAAUCAGAAGUGGAGAGCUCAGGUGUUAUUGUGAACAGUUUCUACGAGCUUGAACCUGCUUAUGCCGAUUUUUACAAGAGAUUUGUAGCGAAAAGAGCGUGGCAUAUCGGUCCGCUCUCUGUUGUAAACAGAGAAUUACAAGAGAAGGCUGAGAGAGGAAAGAAAGCGAGCAUUGAUGAAGUCGAAUGCCUCAAAUGGCUUGACUCCAAGAAACCAGAUUCAGUCAUUUACAUUUCAUUUGGGAGCGUGGCUUCCUUCAAGAACGAGCAGCUAAUCGAGAUCGCUGCGGGAUUGGAAGCAUCUGGCACAAACUUCAUUUGGGUUGUUAGGAAAAACAAAGGUGACAAAGAUGAAUGGUUACCAGAAGGAAUGGAAGAGAGGACGAAAGGGAAAGGGAUGAUAAUAAGAGGAUGGGCUCCACAAGUGCUGAUACUUGACCACCAAGCAACCGGUGGGUUCGUGACCCAUUGCGGUUGGAACUCGCUUCUCGAAGGAGUGGCUGCAGGGCUACCGUUGGUGACUUGGCCGAUUGGAGCGGAACAAUUCUACAACGAGAAAUUGGUAACACAAGUGCUCAGAACGGGAGUGAGCGUGGGAGCAACAAAGCAUAUGAGAUUUAAGGGAGAUUUCAUUAGUAGAGAGAAAGUAGAAAAGGCGGUGAGAGAGGUGUUUGUUGGGGAAGAGGCCGAGGAGAGGCGUAGACGGGCUAAGAAACUGGCGGAGAUGGCGAAAGCCGCGGUGGAAGAAGGAGGGUCUUCUUUUAACGAUCUAAACAGCUUCAUAGAAGAGUUUAGCUCAUAA